CUGGUGGUUUCUGUCUCCAGCGGGUGCGAUUGAUCGAUCGACACACGUGUGUAUGUAUGUAUCAACCACGCCCAUAGUCGAGCGACGAGGUCGCCAGCUCCGCUUCUUGUGGGUAUGCCCUUCGGCUGCUCAGCGCACGGAAAGCUGCCGGGCCGUUGACGAAUCCAGCACCUGUGGGCACGGCACACAGGGAGGGAGGGAAGGAAGGAGAGACACGAACGAACAUUCAACACAUCCACUAUCUACCGACCGACAAGCCAGUCGACAUACGUACGAACGUAUGUACCUGUCUUUUCGUCAAUGCCCACAUCAAAGCCAGGGGUGGCGGGGUCUGCAGUUACACACACACAUACACAUAUCCAUCCAUCCAUCCAUGUGUCCCUCCCUCUGGUCCUUUCACGCUGAGCAUACAUACCAUUCAUGUCGUCAGCCGUCUCCAUCAGCAGCAUCUGGAUCUGUCUGGGCGUCAGGGAUGGGUCUUUCUCUCGGAUCAGUGCGGCCAAGGCAGCCACAUGGGGCGCACUCGCAGAGGUGCCGGAGAAGUCUAGACAGAAAGAAAUAACGAAAGAAGGAUAACAGCCACACUCACGUGGCUUGGCUGCCCGGCCGUGUGUGUAUCUGCGUGCUAUCUGCUUACUUGGAUUGCCGUCGCCAUCAAGGUCGACGUCAGGGAGGUAAGACCGAGAAGGGAAGAAACGCGUGUUGGCGCCUAGAAAUGACGCGGCAAACACCACGACCAGUCAGGCAGGCAGGCAGGCACAGAAACACGUGCAUGGGUGUCAGUGUCUCCGUUGGGCGCCUGUGAAUCUACCUACCGUCGGGUCCAACGAAUUUGACCACCUGACGCUCGAUGGGCGGGACGAUGCGGCUGCCGUUUUUGCGAAAGACCAAGGGGAAGGAGCCUGACAGACGUACAGCAUGAGGCCAUUCGUGUGACGUGUUGAUCGAUCGAUCGAUGCUCGGAAUGUGUGUCCCUGCCUCGCGAUGAGAAGUCGUUGACGAGCGGGGGAGCCGUGCCAAAGUUGGUCGUGUUCUGAGUCACACCAGCACCCCCACACACAUAAAGCAUACCGAGACGCACGACUACUCCGAGUGCGCGUGUGUGUGUAUGUAUGUAUGUAGGUGUGUGUGUGUGUGCAUAAGCCCUUCAGGUACAGCCACUCACAGCGUAGAAGGACGCCCCGACGGCACUCGCGCCUUGUGCAUUGCUGUGGCCAAAGGAUGUGGGGCUGGUUGACCUCGUCGGCAGCACGGCGUCAUUAGCCAUGUCAACAAGGGCGAUCAAAUUGGGGUCCGGGCCAGGACUGCAUCCAUCCAUCCAUCCAUCCACCACAUGAAUGGCCGUGCGUGUGUGUGCAUGGGUGCUGUCUGUACGGGGUGCCAGCCUGCUUGGGAGGUAUAUAUUUGCCGAUGCGAAGAUUCAGCUCCAGUGGGCUGACGAACGGGUUGAUGAUGGGCAGUACCUCCACUGGAUCCGCACCGAAACUAGUUUCCGCCCCAAUAAACAGCAGCUGCAGCGGGCGGCUCCUGUCAUAUCUGAUAACAACCGUGGUGUGGGUGAGUGUGAGUGUGAGUGUGAGUGUGUGUCUGUGUGUGCACUGUGUCCGUUGCUCUUCACACAUACACACAUACAUGAGAAUGUCGAGGUCUGUUAAAGCGCCUGGGGGGCCAAACACCGUGAAGUGCGGCUGGUCCCACUGCAGCACAAACAGUGACAUCACGCCGGGCCCGAGCUGCAUACAUACAUACAUGACAGCACAGCGCAGGGGUGUGCGGUUGGUCAGUGUCACUGUCAUCAUACAUACCGUGAAAGGUAGGUCGAUGCUCCCUGUCUCUUUGAAGCGAUGGAAUUCGUACGUCACCGUUGACCCUGAACGGACGAAAGAAGCCAGUGGGGAGGGAGAGGCUUGGCGCGACGCGCGAGAAGACGCGCAUUCACACACGUACCAUCGGGCAAGGUGACAUCCGUCCUCCUCCCAACGUUGUUGAAGCGCCCGAACAGACUGCAAGCAUGUGCAGCAUGCAUGUGGCAUCCGCCUUUCCCCCUGUUGGUGCUCACCCUGGAGUGCCCGUAUUCCCCGCAGCCGAGUAGUAUGCGGUGCCUUUGGCUGCCACCUUGUUGACGGCCUGCCCCACGAUGCUGCAAGUGACAUGAUACACGGUGUGUGAGAGUCUGUGCGUGUCUGUGUGGGGAUUCUGUACCCUGUUGCAAAAAACGGUUCUGCAGAAUAUAUGAUGUCGUCAACCGUCACACUGCUGGCAGACACACAGAGAGGCACAUGUGUACCCAGAAAGCAAAUGUGACGUCUCACUCACUCAGCUCAGUCCUUACCAUUUCGAUUCGGAGGUAAGCCGCUCGAUGCCUGCAUGCAGGUCGACACACUCCUUAUGCACACACGUACUGUAGACCGAUACAUCACAUCAAGUCAAGUGACGGCUGGUUGCCGUCUACCUCUGGCGAAAUUAGCCUGCCAUUGAUCAAUCCAUCCAUUCUCGGCUCAGCAGUGAUCCGUGAGUGUCAGUCAGCGCACCUGCCCUCCCUGGGCUGUAUGGAAAGCCAGGGCCGGGAUGCCGGGCACCACGUCAAAUCUGUCGGAACAAGAAGGUGUGCUCACAUAUGCCUAACUGCAGACAUACAUACACACACACAUGCGUACAUGAGUUCGGCAAUGCCGCUUCCUUCAUCGGUUGGCUCGACUCCUUCCUCCAUAUCGAGCACCUCAUCGAUGUCCUGUCAUCACACCCAUGCCACAGACAUACAGACAAACAGCAUAUGCACACCCUCACCCUUGACAGCAUUUCUUUUACCUGCAAGACGAUGAUGUUUUCGGGCAGGUCCCCACUCGCAAUCAGCUUCUCCUGCCUCCCCAAAAAGUUGAACGAGUCGCUCAGAAUCCCGAUGCAGCGGAGCGUGGAGCCGUUGACGGCAAAGGUGUCCCUCACAAUAUCGGUUCCCAUCGCCUUGUCGCCCUCAGAGGUCACCAGACCGCUCUUGGAGCUCGGCGCACUCGGGCCACCACCACGCCCCUCUCUCCCUGCUCUCGGCUCUCUCGCCAGUGAGCUGACAAUGGGGCGGGCGCCAUAAUGUGGGUGUGUCCGACUGGUUGGCCCGAUUUUUGCCUGGGCAGCACGGAGCACGCGCACGGCCUUGAUCCUCGUGAGGUCGCCGAUCUUGCCAUACCUGCACGUGCGAACAUGGCAGAAAGGCAGACAGACAAACACAAACAGGCCGACUGGAUGGCUGGAGGUUUGUUUGUUCGUCUUGAGUACGGCAGCAAGGCGCUGAUGACGUGCUGAUAUCGGGCGACCUUCGUGAUGCCCAUCCGCUGUAGCCGCCUCUCGAGGCUCUCGAUGCCGCCCUCCUGCCUGAACACCCACGGCAUGAUGGUCAUGUCCACGAUCACGCCCUUCGUGGUCGCCUGCGUGUGGGUAUCCCGCAUGAAGCGCCGCAGCUUCUCGCUAUCGCGGAAGAGUCCCCUGAAUGUUUGGAAGGUGGUGGCGAAAGCCACUCCUUUGCUCACGGCGAAAGGGUCCACAGGCAGCUGCUUGCCCUUGAGAGCCUCAUGAAGACGCUUCAGUGCACACAGACACAGAGAGACCAGACAGUCAGAGAAAGUGGUUGGCUCGCCUGCCUGCCUGUUCAAGAUGCAAGAAAUGUAGGGUAUAGAGUGUGUUAUCGAUGGAGAGAUCCUUGGCCUUUGUCAGCCGCUUCAAGUCCACAUCGACAGUCUCAAGGACAGUCUUGGCAAUAGGCGCCACCUCGUCAACAACCCGCUUUUUGCUUUGUGUGUCCGUGCUCGCAACAGGCUUUCGCAGCGUCUGUUGUGCGUGCGCCGUGAUGCAGCAAGCAGCAAAGAAGAGACAGAGAUGCCGCAUCGGCGCCU